ACUUCUUUCCCAACAAGCAGCCUUAGUGGUGUCGUCUCCCUCACUAUGUGAUUGGCACUUAGCGUGCUUUGUUAUUCCGAUUGUUGUUAGUUUAAAUGAUUCGGACUGUUGCACGGUUUGUACAACAGUAUAACGGUUAAGAAACGACUUAUUGAUAAUUUGUCGUGUCACGUGUGGAGCUGGAUAAGUCGCAUUGUCCUUUUAUUGCUGUUGGUUUCCGGUUUGAGUUAUAGCUUUUUGUGGUUGUUGAGAUUGGUGACGGAUCUGAAAUCGAUUAUAUCGGAAAAUUAUUUCGGGCGUAGGUCUUCUUAAGCUUGUAUUUGUGUAAAUAGAUAAAGAUAUACGGUGGAAAGAACUAAAAGAUAUUCUGUAUUUCAAACCAACGAGUUCAAGACUUUUGAAAAUUGUAACACCUUCUGUACACUGUAUUUUAACAAAAUCGAGACUUCUGGGAAACGUUAUUAUGACGUCUUCAUGUGUUCCUCCGACGGAGGAUCCGACUGAGAAGAUGGAGAGGAACCUAGAACUUCUGUUCUUUAAAGAGCAAUUAAGACUUGUUGUUAGAAGCAACCGGUCUCGGACGAAUCCCUGGAGAAAAGAAGGGAACCGGGAAAAGGAAAAACGCAAGUUUAACGACACCAGAUUUAAAAUUCACAAAUAUAAAUGGGACCAGGCAACAGUUAUUGAACUACCAACAAUUCCAGAGGAUAAAAUACAACGUUCCAAAACAGGGAUCAAUCCGCCAAGAGUAACGCAAUCUCAACCAUCGUCUCAACAAGAGUCAAGAUUUCCCAGAUUGUGUUUUACUGCUGGAGGAGAACUUGAGACACCUAGAAAAACUUCCGACAGGUGCAACUAUAAGGCAUGGGAAUUAGAUCAUGACGGUCAGGAUCAACAAGUCGUGAUAUCUCGGGAUCAAUACAUUGAACCCUCGUCCGCCCCAGAUAUUCCGCUUUCUUUGUUUAAGGAGUUCGUUUGUGCGUACAAUCCCAGCCCACACUCGAAACGAAAGCAACCCGUCCUUGUUAGACUUAACAAAAUCUAAUAACAAGAGUUUAUGAGCCAUUCAAAGACUUUCUGAGAUUUUCAAAGAACUUUCAGAUCGAGACAUUGAAUAGGAAGACUUUCUGAUGAAAUUGGGAUGUAAAAUCAAUAUCAUAAUAUCACUUCGAUUGGAGUGCUGAUACACAUUACACAAUGUCAAUAUAGUACAGUGUGGAGUUAUUUUUUGUUUGUUCAAUCAUGCAUGUGCUUUAAGUUUAAAAGCCAUUGAUCUUGAAAUUUAUCAUUUGUAUUUACUAUAUUAAAAUCUCAGAACAAUAUGUAUACUUUUAAAAUAGUUUAUUAUCAAUAUAAAGUACGUCAGCUGAUCGUAUUUCGAUCUAAUGA